CGGGCGGGAAUUAUUAAGUGCUUCGUCACCCUCAAGUCCAGGUGCCAUUUUAAUGAAGAUUACUUCAGAAAAUUCAGCGUUGGUUUCGGGGGCAUACCGUAAUUUUAAUGCAGGAUGGGAAUCGACAUUUGAAUUCAAACCAAAUAACCCUUUGGUUUUUUCAGAUUGGCACUGCUCGAUCUUUUCUCUGAACUCAGGAUCAGCAUCAUCAUAUGUCUUGUAUGGUCUGUUACGGGAAAAAUGCUUCAAUCAACCACUCGUAUCUGUUUGUUCCAAUAAUGCAUGGAUUAUUUUGAAAACACUGUCAUCCAUCACUGCUGUCGAGAAGAACACUGGGACUGAAAUCUAUAGUGAUAUAACAGAUGUAACUCAGUUAGCUUCAGAUGGCUAUAGUGUUUAUUGCAUAAGAGAUGAGACACUUUGUCUUCUAACCAUCACUAAAUUAGAAGGAAUUACUACAAUUGAUCGUCCAUUUGGUUUCUCAGUUAAAAUAAAAUCGAUUUCAUGCGGAUUAGGAUUUUUGUUGUGUUUAACUUUCUCAGGGCAAGUAUUCAGCCAGGGUAUAGGAAGGUGGGUAAGUUGUUUUCUUAACUCAAAUGUCUUCACUUCUAGUCGGGGUCAACUGGGUUUAGGUGACUUGUCUGAGAGGACAGAACUAACUUUAAUUGAAGCUUUGCAAAUUUUAACGGUUACUCAGAUUUCAGCUGGUCAUUGGCAUUCCGCAUGCCUAACUGGUGAGUCACAACGCAUAAUUAGAUGCCUUUUCUUCUAGAUACAGGGGAUGUUUAUACAUGGGGUUGGAAUGAACAUGGUCAGUUGGGGCAUAAGUCACUUGGAGUCAAGAAUAAGUUGGGGAUAAUCAGUGAAAAUGAACGUCAAAGCUGUGUUUCUGUGCUUGCUAUCCCAACACCUGUAGAUUUUCCCGAUGAACUGUCUAUUUCCCAGAUCUCAUGUGGCGGUCGUCAUACAGUUUGUCUCACAGAAGAUGGCAUCGUAUUUUGUUUUGGUUGGAAUGGAUAUGGUCAGUUAGGACUUGAUUCAUCUGUGGAAGCUGUGGAUAUACCGGUGAAACAGACUGUUUUAACAGCUCAACAAUUGAAAUCUAAUUUGACUGUAUCCUCAGUUUCUUGUGGUCUAUGGUCUACAAGUCUUCAGUUAAAUUCAAAACAUUGAUAUUUUCAUAUAACAUUAUCUAUAAUGCAUUACAAAAGGCAAUUUGUACAAACUAUGUCGUGUUAUUUAUUCACAAUUGACGUAUAUGAAGAAAAAUAAAAUAUUUAAUCA